AUGUCGCCGACUAAUCUUGUUAUUCAAUCGAUGCAGGGACAACCCUGCUCCAGACCGUCCCGGCGAGUUUCACGUUCGCAAUCCUAUGAUCAACCUCCAAACAGCAACAACAUUGUGUCACGGCGCCAAGGCUCUUCAUCCUUCCCCAUCCACGCCCGCUUACCCUCAGAUGCAUCACAUACAUCGUGGUCGUCUGACCACCCUGUCUCCUCGGUACCGACUCUCUCUCCCACAUCGACUUACAGCACGUUGUCUUGGUCUGGAAGUUCUCACACCCAAGAACAACUAUCACCCAUAACCCCUGAACUCUUCUACUCGCCAUCGACCACUAUCGCAUCUCCUGAGGUGACACCUAUUACCGCAUUCCUUUCCGAAUUCUAUGAACCAGAUUCAAAAUCGGGCAACGGCACUCGCGCGCUGGUCCAUUUAUCUCGAGGCGAUCCUCGACGACUGGAUCUCUUCGGAGAGAGAGACAGGAAGGGUAUGAAAAACACAAUACUCACAGAAGCUCCAGUCAGUUACCUGGCUGAUGGGGCCAAUCCGCCUCUUCCCGACGAAAUACAUCUGACAGAGACUCCCACACCAAUACCAUUGACCGCGGCAAGCUGUGCGCCAUCAAAGCAUGGUCACGGUUCAAGGCAUGAACUCGAUGUUCGCAAGUCUCGUCGUUUUUGCCGGGACUUUGGAGAGCCUGUCCCAUCAAAUGACCCCAUCUAUGACGAAUUUCCUACAUAUCUUGCAAAGGACUUGCCGACAACACCUUUAUCUUCCUCUCCCCCAUCUCCGCUGAGUUAUGACCUCCUACCCCCACCUUCACGUUCAGAGGUCUGUAACCUUUUCUCUGAGGACGAAACUACUGCCGUUAGGGAAUUUUUGAGGAUAUGGGGUUCAAACAAGAGGGUGAAGAAGUCUUCAUCGAAGCUGCAGAUGAUUGAAGAUGAAGCCCCAGGUACUCAGAGCGAUGAUGAUUAUUCAUGGGAGGCCGCAGAAGUUGAGGACGAUGUUGGAGAUUCCGCGUCUUGCAGCAUGCUUCUUCACGAAGUUAGCGAGAUGGUGGGCAUCCCGCUUGAAACAUCAAUGGUGGAAGGCCAGUCCUCGAUCGCAUCCACACCUCCAGGGCUUGAUACACUGGGUCGAUUGAUCCAGGAUAGUCAUGAAAGUUCACAGAUCCUAUGUCUACGUUCGUCUCAUCAGUCUGUCCCCCCAGACGGUGCCAACGUGUGCGACAGGACUUCGACAAGUUCCUGUCACCGUAUGGAUCCCCUUGACGUCGCACCUCGACAUUCAGUAACCUCCAGUUUAAUCCCGGGCAGUAAUCCUUCCAUUCGUGAUUAUGCGGUAGCUGCCAAGCCGAUGGAUGUACCUGUCAUCGUAGCGCUUACCUCGAAUGAAGCCUAUUCGGCGGAUUCCUGCGACGACUUGGUUCCGGACCGACAACUAAGCCUUCGUAGGUCCAGGUCUACCGAUAGCAACCUAAGGCGUCGCGGACAGAUCUUCAACGUGGAGAAACAAGUCAUGCAUGCUGUGCCUAGUGGCGUGGCUGAUUUAUGCACGUCCUAUAUACCUACAAGAGAUCCGCCGCCGCUUCCACCUCUACCACCUCCCUCCGAAUCUGUGAGACCUGUUUCGGCACUCGACAGGCUUGAGGCUAGCUUGUCAAGGCUCAAGGCGCACAAUUCGCAGUCGCGGAAGUCCAGUAAAGCUAAUGUGCCUUCAGAAAACCGAAGACCAUCUCCAUUCACUACCUCACGAGAGCGCAAGCACCACUCCAGCGUCGCCGCUCGUCUUCCGGACUCUCGUUCUGGACACGGACGUCACUUCUCGAGCCCCAUGGCCGAUGUGACAGCGCAUCGGAACCAUCGUAAGCUGCCUCGGGUUGAAACUGGUCCCAUUAAUGCGCGCCUGAAGGAGCGCGAUGCAAAGCUAUAUCCGUACCCGGAGAACCCAGAGUCAACUAUAAGAUCAUUCAUGGAGAUGGAUGUGGUACCGCCCCCGCCUCCCCCUUAUCCUAUACUAAACCAGAGAAUUGCGUUUUCCGUGUGUGGUAAGUCAUUCCCGGCAGACAUUUACACCACAUACAAAUACUGGGACUGGGCCGGUAAGGAUGUACCAGAGAAUGGCCUUCCUCCUGUUCUGUACGAAGAAAAAGUCGAAAUCAUGGCUACUGGAGCCGACUUCAGCGACGAGAAGGAUGACUUGGUAAUGUUACCUUUCCCUUUCUGGGUCACCAAACUUGCUCAAAUGUUGUCUGUAGACAGGACAAGUAGCGUAUUUCUCCAAGUGGCGAAGGACAUACCGCUACGCUUGAUCCGAUCUUUUUCCUUCUCCAUUCGAAUGUGGACAGACUGUUGGCUCUGUGGGAGUGGUGUUACACCGAAUACUGGAUGGGAAGCGGAUAUGAACACGAUGGGCAUUGGGGAACAAUACCCCUGGACACAGGCGCGUGGCACAUACGCGCAGGUUUACAACGAACAGCUCCUUCCAGACGGACCACUCCAACCAUUCCGAACGGAACAAGGAAACUACUGGACCUCUUCUCAGGCCCGAUUUUUGCGUGAACAAAGAUACCCCAAGUAUUAUUCGUUUCCUGAGUUUGAAGGAAUUAAGGUCGAUCAGACUGCCAUGACAUCCCAAGAGCGUGCCUUGGCGCGGAAAAGGGUGCAAGCCUACUACGAUUUUAAUCCGCAGACCAAGGAGACACAGGUGGCCUCGCAUACUUGGAAGCACUUACCUGUUCCAAACAAGGAAAAUACUGCUGUGCCAAAUGAUCAUACCGUCAUCCCUCACUACCGCACAUUUAUCGUGCAUGUGAAACUUCUGGAGCAUGCAUACAACCACUCCUACUCAUUCCAGCUCUACCACAAAGGGAAUACUCAUCCGAUACAGCUUGUAGGUACUGUCGCAGUCUUUGCGCGGCCGGACCAUUCUCCUUGUAAAGCGUGUGCCGCGCGUCGUGAGGUGGGAUCCGUAGUUCGCGGAAUGAUUCCCAUCCCUCCCGAAUUGACCGAGAGUAUCAUCAAAUCAAACAGAGGCACAGAAUCAGGGACUUCGUUCGACCAGGCCCUCGCUCACAUUAAAGGGGGGUUUCUUGGAAGGCUUGUGGAUGCUACUGGCUUAGAGCUUGCCGGGGCUGAGGGAGGGUUGCAGGCGACCCAGGUACCACAACACUGUACCACUUCUCACAGAGUCACUCCCGUAGAACUUUCUCUGGUGUCGGCUGCUGUUGCUGAGCACGUAGAGGACAAAGAUCGACCUGUCUACCUGUGUGACUGGCAGCACCAUGGCGACAUCUUUAAUGUAUACGUAUCGUUCUUUAUUUUGGUAAUUCGCUGA